AACACAACAAUUGAAUGGUAUCUCCAAACUCCGAAGUCCUUAAUUACGUUUCUUGGCAUGUACGAAUGUUAAUAUUCGCCAAAUCGCAGUUUCAAUUUCGAAGACCCACUUCUCAUUUCUCUCACAAAUAAACAAUCGGAAUCCGGUUGUUAAGAGUGAAUUUUCAUCUCUGGUUUGUUCAAUUGUUUAUCCCCAAAAGAGAAAGAACUCAGCGAAAAAGAAGUAGCAUCUGCAUCACAUUCUGUUCCCUCUUUUUUCGUCUUUAUUUUUAUUAUACUUUUUCCCCUGCUUCACCCUUCCUAAUAUGCCAAUUCCAAAACAUGACUCUCAAUCAAAGUAUCAAUCUUUUUGGCUCCUUCUCCUACCCAACUACAAAAAAUUGAAAAUUCAGCUUCCCCUGCUCUUCACUCAAAUCCCAAUAGUUGUGAUUCACCUUGUUGCAUUGGUGGUAGCAGGACCAUGGCCAGCACAAGUGGCAUAUGGAGUCCUUUUGAGACUGCUGAUUGGAGAAAGAGGCUUGCGGGGGUUCAUACUAGAAAUGUCGAGGACAUCCGAGACGAGGAAGGUGUUGUGGACACUGAGAUUGUGCCUUCUUCACUUUCUGGACUUGUGCCUGUUCUCAGAGCAGCUCUCGCCAUUGAAAAGGAGAAUCCAAGAGUUGCCUAUCUCUGUCGUUUCCAUGCAUUUGGGCUGGCCCAUAAAAUGGAUCCUACAUCAAUUGGGCAUGGUGUUCGUCAGUUCAAGACCUACCUAUUGUCCAAACUUGAAAAGGAAGAGGAGCUUACAGUGAAAUUUAGGACGAGAAGGGGUGAUGCUAAGGAGCUGCAGGACUACUACCUACAAUUCUAUGAAAAGAAAAUCCGUGAUGGAGAAUUUAGCCAGAGGGAGGAGAUGGCUAAGAAUGUUCAGAUUGCUGCUGUAUUGUAUGAAGUGCUGAAGACUAUGGUAGCUCCUCGAAGUAUUGGGGAUAAGUUAACAACAUAUGCUGAGGAUAUUGAGAAGACGAGGGAACAAUAUGAGCGCUAUAACAUCCUUCCAUUAUAUGCUCUUGGUGUUAAACCAGCAAUCAUGGAACUUCCCGAGAUCCAAGCAGCAAUGGAUGCAAUAUUUAGGGUGGAUAAUCUUCCAUUUUCAGUAAUUCGUGCAAGACCUGAUGUUUCUGGUGAUGAUUCUACAAUGCCUACGGAGAAGCUUAAAAAAGCGAAUGAUAUAUUUGAUUGGAUUGCCUCAGUUUUUGGGUUUCAGAAAGGAAAUGUAGCAAAUCAAAGGGAGCACCUUAUAUUAUUACUUGCCAACAUGAAUAUAAGGAACAGUGCUGAAUCAACUAAUCAGCUCCAUGCAGAAACUGUGGAAAAGUUGAUGGCUACAAUUUUCAAAAAUUAUAAGUCAUGGUGUGAUUAUCUACGUUGUGAAUCCAAUCUUUGGUUUCUAGAGGAUUAUGACAAGCAACAGAUGGAGCUGAUUUAUAUUGCACUUUAUCUUCUAAUAUGGGGAGAAGCUUCAAAUAUUCGCUUUAUGCCUGAAUGUCUUUGCUAUAUUUUUCAUCAUAUGGCCCGUGAUGUCUAUAAGAUUUUAGAAAAUAUUACCAUUCAUAUGAUGAGCAUAGACCCAGUCCAAGGACAUGAUGAUGAAUAUUUUCUGAGGGAAGUUAUAAGUCCAAUAUAUCGAGUUUUAAUGCAGGAAGCAAGGAGAAACAACAGAGGCAAGGCCAGUCAUUCCAAUUGGAGAAAUUAUGAUGAGCUCAAUGAAUACUUUUGGUCAAACAAAUGUUUUCAUGAUCUAAGCUGGCCAUUGAAUUUCAAAGCAGAUUUUUUUAGGCAUUCAGAUGAGACACAUGAGACAGCACGCCGGGGACAUAGCCAAGCAACCAUUGGAGUUUAUAAGAGGAAAUCCAAAACAAAUUUUGUUGAAGUUCGUACAUUUUUGAAUUUGUAUAGGAGUUUUGAUCGAAUGUGGAUAUUCUUUAUAUUGGCUCUACAGGCAAUGAUUAUCAUAGCAUGGAGUUCCUUGGGACCUGUUGGCGUGUUUUUGAAUUCAAAUGCCUUCGAAAAUGUUAUGACUAUAUUCAUUACAUAUGCUUUUCUCAGGUUUCUUCAAGCAUGUCUUGAUAUUAUUCUCACAUGGAAUGCAUUGAGGAAUAUGAAAUUCACUCAAUUGCUUCGAUAUUUUCUGAAAUUUGUGGUAGCAGCUGUUUGGGUUGUUGUUUUGCCAAUCUGUUAUUCUAAAUGGGGGAAUCAGUCGCUUUACACCUAUGCUGUUGUACUAUAUAUGUUACCAAACAUAGUGUCUACAAUACUAUUUUUCCUUCCUCCUGUGCGGAGAACAUUAGAGUGCUCAAAUAUGCGAAUCAUUACCUUUUUUAUGUGGUGGGCUCAGCCAAAAUUGUACGUAGGCAGAGGCAUGAAUGAGAGUAUGUUAUCAAUGCUAAAGUAUACCCUUUUUUGGAUCAUGGUGCUAAUUAGCAAGCUAGCAUUCAGCUACUAUGUGGAGAUUUUGCCCCUUGUUGGACCGACAAAAUUAAUCAUGGGGAUGUCUAUAGAUAACCACCAGUGGCAUGUGUUAUUGCCAGAAAAUGAGACUCAUAAUAUAUGUGUUGUCACUGCAAUAUGGGCUCCAAUUAUCCUGGUUUAUUUUAUGGAUACUCAAAUAUGGUAUGCUAUGUAUGCCACUCUAUUUGGUGGUAUUGUUGGAGCCUUCAGCCAUGUGGGAGAGAUAAGGACACUUCGAAUGCUUCACUCCAGAUUUCAAUCUAUACCAAGAGCUUUCAGUCAGCGAUUUUGGACUGGAAGAGACAGAAAGACUAAACAGGUGGAAUUGGAUGAGACAUAUGAACGGAAUAAUAUUUCAUACUUUUCUCAGUUUUGGAAUGAGUUUAUAAAUUCUAUGAGAGAGGAAGACCUCAUCAGUUACAGGGAUAGAGAUUUGCUUCUAAUUCCAUACAGUUCAACUGAUGUUUCUGUCAUUCAGUGGCCUCUAUUCUUGCUUGCUAAUAAGAUUCCUAUAGCUGUUGACAUGGCAAAAGAUCAUAAGGAGACUGAUGAUGAUUUAUGUAGAAAGAUUAGGAGCGAUGCGUAUAUGACUUCAGCAGUUGUUGAAUGCUAUGAGACUGUCAAGGACAUCAUACUGAUUCUUCUGCUAGAUGAAGAAGAGAGGCUGCUUGUAAGCAGUAUAUGCGCUAAAGUAGAACGGUGCAUACGAGAAGAAACAUUUGUCAAGGAAUUCAAGAUGAGUGGAUUGCCUUCACUCAUUGAUAAGUUAGUGAAAUUCUUAAGUCUAUUUUUGCAAUCUGCAGAUGGCAAAAAAAAGUACCAGAUAGUGAAUGUCCUGCAAGAUAUUGUAGAAAUCAUCACACACGAUGUUAUGGUUGAUGGCCAUUUGUUUCAGCAAACACCUCAGCAAUAUCAUGCAGAGAGAAAGGAGAGGUUUGUCAACAUCGAUACUUCUCUUACACACAAAAGAUCAGUGAUGGGAAAGGUUAUUAGGCUUCUUUCGCUUUUGACAGUCAAGGAAUCAGCCAUAAUUGUGCCCCAAAAUCUAGAAGCCCGACGCCGUAUUACAUUCUUUGCAAACUCCUUAUUUAUGAAUAUGCCAACGGCUCCCAAAGUUCGGGAGAUGUUGUCGUUCAGUGUUCUAACACCGUAUUUUAAAGAAGAUAUUGUAUAUUCUGAUGAGGAAAUUAAUAAGGAAAAUGAAGAUGGACUAUCAAUUUUAUCAUACCUAACCAAGAUAUAUCCCGAUGAAUGGGCCAAUUUCAGUGAACGACUAAAAAGUGAUCAUCUUGAAAAUGAUAAGGAGUUAGUUUGUCUGUGGGCAUCUUGUAGAGGGCAAACACUAUAUCGAACAGUGAGAGGAAUGAUGUACUAUUGGCAAGCUUUGAUCCUUCAGUGCUUCAUAGAAUUUGCUGGAGACACUGCUCUCUCUGAAGGCUUUCGAAUAAAGGAUUACUACAAUAAAAAUAAGAAGUUUCUCGACAUAGCACAAGCUAUGGCUGAUUUAAAGUUCACCUAUGUUCUUUCUUGUCAAGUGUACGCUAAUCUUAAAAAGUCCAAAAAUCCAAGAGACAGAAGUUGCUAUAGUAGCAUUCUCCGUCUGAUGUUUACGCAUUCAUCCCUUCGUGUUGCUUACAUAGAUGAAAUAGAAGAAACAAAGGAUGGAAAACCUGAGAAAGUUUAUUACUCUGUUCUUGUCAAGGGAAGGGAGAAAUAUGAUGAGGAAAUAUAUCGCAUCAAGCUACCUGGUCCUCCAACAAUAAUUGGUGAAGGGAGACCUGAAAACCUAAAUCACGCAAUUAUAUUUACUCGUGGAGAAGCCUUGCAGACCAGAGAUAUGAAUCAAGAAAACUAUUACGAAGAAUCUUUCAAAAUGAGAAAUGUAUUAGAAGAAUUUCAAAAAGCACAUAGCGGGCAACGACAACCCACCAUUUUGGGCAUAAGAGAGCAUAUAUUUACUGGAAGUGUUUCUUCACUUGCCUGGUUUAGGACCAGCUCCGUGACCAUUGGCCAACGAAUUUUGGCAAAUCCUUUAAGGGUCCGAUUUCAUUAUGGUCAUCCUGAUAUAUUUGAUAGAAUCUUCCACAUAACAAGAGGUGGCAUAAGCAAAGCAUCAAAAGUUAUAAACCAAAGUGACGAUAUAUUUGCAGGGUUCAAUUCAACACUACGUCAAGGAUUUAUCACACAUCAUGAAUACAUACAAGUAGGUAAAGGGAAUGAUGCUGGCAUGAAUCAAUUAUCGCCUUUUGAGGCUAGGGUUGCAAAUGGAAAUGGAGAGCAAACACUUAGUCGAGAUGUUUAUCGACUUGGCCAACGAUUUGACUUUUAUAGAAUGUUGUCGUUCUACUUCACAACAGUUGGCUUAUACUUCAGUAGCAUGGUAACUGUAUUAACUGUGUAUGUCUUCUUAUAUGGACGUUUAUAUAUGGUUUUGAGUGGAGUUGAGAGAGAAAUUCUUCAAAGUCCUAAGAUACAUCGGAGCAAAGCCCUUGAAGAGGCCUUGGCAACUCAGUCUGUUGUUCAGUUGGGCUUACUGUUUGUGCUGCCAAUGGUUAUGGAAAUUGGCUUGGAGAAGGGAUUUCGCACUGCCUUGGGUGAUGUUAUCAUCAUGCAGUUGCAGCUAGCCUUUGUGUUCUUUGCUUUCCAGCUUGGAACAAGAGCUCAUUAUUACGGGAGAACACUCUUGCAUGGGGGUGCUAGAUAUAGACCAACUGGUCGGGGAUUUGUUGUCUUCCAUGCAAAGUUUGCUGAUAACUACAGGAUGUAUUCACGAAGUCAUUUUGUGAAGGGUCUAGAGAUUCUCAUACUACUGAUUGUUUAUCAAGUCUAUGGGGAGUCAUACCGCAGCUCCCAUCUUUAUUUAUUCAUCACAAUCUCAAUGUGGUUUUUGGCCACUUCCUGGUUGUUUGCUCCUUUCUUGUUUAAUCCUUCUGGCUUUGAUUGGCAAAAAACAGUGGAUGAUUGGACAGAUUGGAAGCGGUGGAUGGAAAAUCCUGGUGGCAUUGGUAUUGAAUCUGAUAAAAGCUGGGAAUCUUGGUGGGAUGAAGAAAAUCAACACUUGAAAUACUCAAAUAUCAGGGGGAAAAUAAUUGAGAUAAUUCUUGCAUUUCGCUUCUUUAUGUACCAAUAUGGAAUUGUCUACCACAUGGAUAUUACUCAUCAUAACAAAGAUUUGCUGGUAUUUGGACUUUCUUGGGCAGUUUUAAUAAUAAUACUCAUUGUAUUAAAGAUGGAAUCAGUGAGAAGACAAAGAUUUGGCAGUAACAUUCAGCUCAUGUUUCGUAUUUUCAAGGCAGUUCGCUUUCUUUGCCUCUUGUCACUCAUGACAGUACUAUUUGUGGAAUUUGGACUUACCAUAUCAGAUUGCUUUGCUGCUAUUAUCGCCUUCAUGCCUUCUGGAUGGGCCAUUAUUCAGAUUGCACAAGCAUGGAAGGUAUGGCUGAAAGGAGUUAGACUAUGGGACACAGUGAAAGAUCUAUCUAGAGCUUAUGACUAUGUAAUGGGAUUAAUAAUCUUCAUGCCAAUAUUCGUUUUGUCAAGGUUCACGAUUGUGUCAGUGUUCCAAACCCGCUUGCUAUUCAGUCAAGCAUUUAGUAGAGGGCUCCCUAUUUCAACAAUGCUUGCUGGAAAGGACACUUAUAAAUCUGAUUGACAUAUUAUUGAAUUACCAAGGAAUUUGAAGUUCAGAUUGAUUAGAAAUUGAUCUCCAACUUGCAAGAUAUUUUGGGAGCUUUGUACGAUUUCCUUUUACUUUUCUUACUAAAUUUACUGACUGAGAAUAGAAAGGACCAAUGAGAAUCCAACGUCAAGACAUUGACUAAAUUAAAGCAGUACAGCAGGACUUUCACGUUUUCAAAUUUCAUAACUCUAUAUAUUUCUUACAAUAUAAAUGGUAUUUAGAAGUCAGAAACAUCUAUCCUAAUUUUACUUUUUUUUUCUUAGUCAUAUGUAAAAUUUGAUAUUUUAUUAUUAUUCUUAAUUUAUUCUUUGCUAAAUAC